CGGGCGAGUGGAAGCUGCACGCAGGGUUGAUUAGUUCACUUACGAGCUGCCCGGGGGUUUUGCGAGGGAAGAGAACGGGAGGUGGGUGGGUAGGAGGGUUAAGAAAUAGGCAUAUCUAUAUAUAUAUAUAUCGGACCCUGCUUCCUGCUCCCCCCUCUACUUCCGGGCACCGUUUUAACUCGCCAUGUCUGGAGAAGCUCCCGCCGGUGACCAGGCUGCUGAAUAUGUCCCAGAAAAAGUAAAGAAAGCUGAAAAGAAACUAGAAGAGAAUCCAUAUGACCUUGACGCUUGGAGCAUUCUCAUUCGAGAGGCACAGAAUCAACCUAUAGACAAAGCACGGAAGACCUAUGAACGCCUUGUUGCCCAGUUCCCAAGUUCUGGCAGAUUCUGGAAACUGUACAUUGAAGCUGAGAUAAAAGCAAAAAAUUAUGACAAAGUAGAGAAGCUGUUUCAGCGAUGCCUUAUGAAAGUCUUACACAUUGACUUGUGGAAGUGCUACCUUUCAUAUGUACGAGAAACAAAAGGGAAGCUACCCAGUUAUAAAGAAAAAAUGGCUCAAGCGUAUGAUUUUGCUCUAGAUAAAAUUGGCAUGGAAAUAAUGUCAUAUCAGAUCUGGGUGGAUUACAUCAAUUUUUUGAAAGGCGUUGAAGCAGUAGGGUCCUACGCAGAAAACCAGAGGAUAACAGCUGUCCGCAGGGUUUAUCAGCGAGGCUGUGUGAACCCUAUGAUCAACAUUGAACAGCUUUGGCGAGAUUAUAACAAGUAUGAAGAGGGAAUCAAUAUCCACUUAGCCAAAAAAAUGAUUGAAGAUCGUAGUAGAGAUUAUAUGAAUGCUAGACGUGUUGCUAAGGAGUAUGAGACUGUGAUGAAAGGUCUGGAUCGUAAUGCUCCCUCUGUCCCACCACAAAAUACUCCACAAGAAGCACAGCAGGUAGACAUGUGGAAGAAAUACAUUCAGUGGGAAAAGAGUAACCCUCUGCGUACUGAAGACCAAACCCUCAUCACAAAGAGAGUGAUGUUUGCAUAUGAACAAUGCCUCUUAGUAUUGGGUCAUCAUCCUGAUAUCUGGUACGAAGCUGCACAAUAUCUUGAACAAUCCAGCAAGCUGCUAGCUGAGAAAGGGGAUAUGAACAAUGCUAAACUUUUCAGUGAUGAAGCAGCAAAUAUUUAUGAAAGAGCAAUCAGCACUUUAUUAAAAAAGAACAUGCUUCUUUAUUUUGCGUAUGCAGAUUAUGAAGAGAGUCGUAUGAAAUAUGAGAAAGUACACAGCAUAUAUAAUAGACUCUUGGCUAUUGAAGACAUUGAUCCCACUUUGGUUUACAUUCAGUAUAUGAAGUUUGCAAGGCGAGCAGAAGGUAUAAAAUCAGGCCGAAUGAUAUUUAAGAAAGCACGAGAAGAUGCCCGCACCCGCCACCAUGUCUAUGUUACAGCUGCUCUGAUGGAAUAUUAUUGCAGCAAGGACAAAUCAGUGGCUUUUAAGAUUUUUGAGCUAGGCUUGAAGAAAUAUGGAGACAUUCCAGAAUAUGUCUUGGCAUAUAUUGAUUAUCUUUCUCAUUUGAAUGAGGAUAAUAAUACAAGAGUCCUGUUUGAACGUGUGUUGACUUCCGGGAGCCUUCCACCAGAGAAGUCAGGAGAAAUAUGGGCUCGAUUUUUAGCUUUUGAAAGCAAUAUUGGUGACUUGGCUAGCAUAUUAAAAGUUGAAAAACGAAGGUUCACAGCUUUCAAGGAAGAAUAUGAGGGCAAAGAAACAGCUUUGCUGGUAGACAGGUAUAAAUUCAUGGAUCUGUACCCUUGUUCUGCCAGUGAACUCAAAGCUCUUGGUUAUAAGGAUGUCUCUCGUGCAAAGCUAUCAACCAUAAUUCCAGAUCCUGUAGUGGCACCUUCAAUAGUCCCUGUGCUAAAAGAUGAAGGAGACAGAAAGCCAGAAUAUCCAAAACCAGAUACCCAGCAGAUGAUUCCAUUUCAACCAAGACAUUUAGCACCUCCAGGUUUACAUCCAGUUCCUGGUGGUGUUUUCCCUGUUCCACCUGCUGCCGUAGUUCUAAUGAAACUUCUUCCACCUCCUGUGUGUUUUCAGGGUCCAUUUGUGCAAGUGGAUGAACUCAUGGAGAUUGUCAGAAGAUGCAAACUUCCAGACACUGUGGAUGAAGCUGUACGGAUUAUUACAGGAGGCUUACCUGACCUUUCAAUGGAAGGGAAUGGACCUUUGGAAAAUAAUGCCCUUCUCAAUAAAUCUGUCAAAAGACCAAAUGAAGAUUCAGAUGACGACGAGGAAAAGGGGUCAGUGGUUCCUCCAAUUCACGAUAUUUACAGAGCACGACAACAGAAGCGAAUCCGAUGAGGCAUGUUGCAAAUUCAGUUGUGAAAAUAAAGGACUUGUAAUAUUUUGUCUUUCAACAAAUCAAAUGUUUAAAAAGAAUUGAAAGUUUCUAACAUGCAUCUUGCAACUGAGGUUGUUUUGUUACUGUGGUGCCUCUUUUUUACCAGCCGUUUUUUUCAUCAGAAAAGGAAAAAGGCAGAUGAGAGUUCUGGCAGCAACUACACAUUGGAACACAGACUGUGCAAAAUGUUUGCCAUGUGUUUGGUUGAUCUUCAGAUGUAUCCUCACAUAUCACUUGAAUUCUUGUGGGGAUUUUGACAGUUUUAUUUUUAAAAACUGGAAAGCUUAUAAUGGGGAAAUAUUUUAAAUUCACAUUUCUGAAAAACAAAACUGUUUUCACUUUGCUCAUGUAGUGUCUGUCCUGCCUUAUUCUUCAUUUUAAUUUAUGGCAGAAUGAAUGGAAGCUGUUUUGUAGUUUAAAAUAGAAAAAAAUGUUCCUUUCAAAUAAAGGAUCUCCAUAAA